GCAGAGUUGCUGCUGCACCCUGUUGGCCGGCGGCCUUCAUCGUCGCUAAGGUUGGGUGAGGCGGCUCGGCGUCUUGUGAGAGCGACCGCUUGGAGGGAUAUGGUGUGAUCGGGUGGUGCUAGGCGCUGACUCAUUGAAACGUGGAAGGGUUUCUUUUUGUAGUUGUAUAAAUGGUAGCUGCCUUGAACGGCGAGCCAGCUCUCACUCCCACAUUUCCGCUUACAACCGGCACCCGGUGACGACAAGGAAAAAUGACCUUCAUGUUGUUUACCGGCGGCUCCCGGUUAUCUUUACUGAGGGCGCCGAAGGUGAUAUACCGGGAAAUAAGGAAAGGUGGUUUUGAUGAAGUUGUGUGUCUUAAUUGUACUGCACUAAGGUUGACAUGCAACAGAAACGCUUUGUUCAGACACUGCAGCACUAUAUCCACAAACAGCAGUUCUUUGCACACUAGGGAUCACUAUGGUUGUUGGAGAAAAGGGUCAAAACGUUUAUACUGUCAUGUGCGUGCUCCUUUGCCAUGCACUUCUACCAGUACGAGUUUUAUUGGAUCUCAUUAUGUUUCUGUAAGAUGGUGGCAUUCAACACGUCAACUGUAUGAUGACUCCAAAGUGGAAAAAUCACUGAAAUCUCUAAAAGAUAAGAAUAAGCGACUGGAGGAAGGAGGUCCUGUAUAUAGCCCUAUAGAGCCCGAAGUGCGCAAGUCUCUGAAUCAGAAGAUUGUAGAAGAAGUAAAACAUUACUACCAUGGCUUCCGAUUAUUGUGGAUUGACACAAAAAUAGCAGGCAGAAUGCUUUGGCGGAUUCUGAAUGGACAUUCUCUGUCGAGGAGAGAGCAUAGACAGUUUUUGCGGACGUGUGCUGACCUCUUUCGUCUGGUGCCCUUCCUGGUUUUCAUAAUUGUUCCGUUCAUGGAGUUUCUUCUUCCCGUUGUUCUUAAACUUUUCCCUAAUAUGCUUCCUUCAACUUUUGAGACAAAAUCCAAGAAGGAAGAUAGGUUGAAAAAAGAACUGAGAGUAAAGCUUGAAAUGGCAAAAUUUCUUCAAGAUACAAUUGAAGAGAUUGCCCUGAGAAAUAAAGCAGCUAAAGGAGAUGUCACAAAGGACUUUUCCACAUUCUUUCAGAAGAUUCGAGAUUCUGGGGAAAGGCCCAGUAAUGAGGAGAUCAUGCGUUUUUCUAAACUAUUUGAGGAUGAGCUUACACUUGACAACUUAACACGACCUCAGCUGGUUGCACUUUGUAAAUUGUUGGAGUUACAGUCAAUAGGAACCAAUAACUUCUUACGAUUUCAACUCAUUAUGAAAUUGCGUGCCAUUCGUGCAGAUGACCAGUUGAUUGCAGAAGAAGGAGUAAAUACACUGAAUGUAAAUGAACUGCAGGCAGCUUGCAGAACUCGGGGAAUGAGGGCACUUGGAGUGACUGAAGAACGUUUACAAAACCAACUCAAACAAUGGCUGGAUCUUCAUCUAAACCAGCAGAUUCCAACUUCACUGCUACUGUUGUCUAGAGCCAUGUUUCUUCCAGAUACCCUUUCACCAGCUGAUCAGCUUACAACAACUUUGCAAACAUUGCCAGAGAGUGUGGCGAAGGAAGCUCAAGUGAAAGUAGCAGAAGUUGAAUGUGACAAGGUGGAUAAUAAAGCCAAAUUAGAAGCAACCUUGCAAGAGGAAGCAGCUAUCAAAAAGGAAAACCAAGAGCGAGAGAUGGAACGGAUGGCAGAAGCUGCUGAGAAAGCAAAGGAGAGCUUGCAGGUUGAAGCCAGGAAGGAAGUAGAAUCAGCAGUGAAUCUGGAAGCAGCAGCUGUCAAUGUGAAGGAGAGCCAAAUCGCUGUUGAUACAGAACAGGAAUUGGCUAAUGUUGACCUGGCAAUGCAUUCUGAGACCUUGAAAGAUACAGCUCCAGUAUUAGAAGGAAUAAAGGGUGAAGAAAUUACAAAGGAAGAAAUAGAUAUGCUCAGUGAUGCUUGCAUAAAGUUGCAAGAACAGAAGAAGCUACUAACUAAAGAGAAGGAAGAGCUGGAGGAAUUAAAGGAUGAUGUACAAGAGUAUAAUGAGGGUUUGCAGGAGAUUAAGAAGGAAUUAUCCAAGACUGGCAAGGAAACAGUUGUGGAAGAAUCCAAGGCAAGCAAGCGAUUAACCAAGCGAGUAAACCGAAUGAUCAGUCGGAUUGAUAAACUGAUUGGUGAGCUGGAGGCAGGAAAAGAAGCACUGGAUGGUCAAUUGGGCAAUGGCAAAAUGCCACCUGAUGGGGACAAUCUCAUCAGCAUCAAUGAGCUGAUCAGUGCAAUGAAGCAGAUCCAGAAUAUCCCACAGCACAAAUUACAGAAGAUUGCUGAAUCACUUGAUGAAAAUAAAGAUGGAAGGAUUGAUAUCAAUGAUGUCAUCAAAGUAGUGAAACUAAUUGAUAAAGAAGAUAUAGACAUCUCAACUAAUCAGGUUGCAGAGAUUUUGGAAUUAUUACGCAAAGAAGAGAAAGUUGUAGAACAGCAGAAAGUGAAAGAGAAAUCUGAGAAGGAACAAGUGGCAGAAAUCCAGAACUAAAUGGCUUCAAUUAAUAAAGUCCUCAUGAUUUCGGAACCCAUCUAAUUCUUUUUGAUUUUUUUUUUGAAACUUGCUAAAAGUUUUUGCAUAGCUGGAAAAAUAAAGUGGAUAAAUAUGUAUUGGAGAGAAAUUGUAGAUUACUGUAUUUCACUGGAGAAAUCAAAUAAUGUUCAAUUUAGAAUUGAAUCCCUCCAUUUCAGAUGCAUUAGAUAAAUGUUUCUUUCUUUUGAAGUGCAAAUAAAAUAAAUAUUAUAAUGUAAGCUCAAAUAAUACUGUGCUUCUUAGAUGAACAAAACAAGAAGAAAUCAGUCUUGGUGAUCGGUUUUAUUCCUUAAAGUGCUUACAGUGGACUUUCAGGUCAGCAAAUUGUGUUUAACAAAUGCCGUAUCUGUCAAGAACCAUUUCCAAUAUUCACAAUUCUGGAGCACAGUUAUUUCACUAUUUACCAACAUUUUCAUUGCUGAAGCUUAUUUAAAUAUUAAAAUUUUGCCUGCAAUAGUGUCCAUUAAAUUGAAUUUUAUAUGAAUUCAAAGGUUUAAUGUGUUAUUGGAAUUGGAUAAGUGUAUCAGACCAAAGAAUAUUGUAUGAUAUUUUUAGAAUGGGCUAAAUUCUUAUUAAAAAUUUUCCACUAAAAUGUUGCAAUCCUUGGAUGCAUUCAGUGCAUCUGUCAUAUGGUGCACCUAAUAUAUUACUGUUGAACUGCAUAUUUGUGUGCACUACUACAUUGCCCAAACAACUUGUUUCAUUUGUAUUGCUAAAAGCAAAUGAUUUGUCAAUCAAGUUUUAGGAAUACACUCAGGUAUUGAUAAAUUUGUUUUUGAAGUGGUUUACUUUGAAGGAAAGAUCCAAGCUGUUGUCAAAUUGUGCCAGUAUUUAUAUUGCAGAUACAGUGAUGAUUGCUUUAAUUGAGAUUUGUUUCACAAAAUUGGGCAACACUAAAGGAUGAUAAUGUGGCUAAUGAAAUUUGAAUGUUAUUUACAUUCUUAUUGCAAAAUUUCAUAUUUUUUAUUAUUUUUGGAUACCCGUGGUAAUAGGAGUAUGGAUUCAAUUGGUAAAAUUUGUUUCUUCAUAAUUGCAUGCUUUCACAUGUGAGUAAAAUAUGAAGAAUCAUAUUAACCUUCAGAAAGUACACUCAGUUCCAGGUUCCAAUGCAUUUAGUACCACACAAGGUAUAUAUUGAUUCUUAAUUAUUUCCUAAACUACUUGUAUGAAGCUAAUGACUGUUGCACAAAGGUUGUAUAAUUACAGUUCUAAAUGUGCAUUAUUUGCACCAAUGAAAUGAUAUUUUAAAAUAAUUUUGUUCAGAAUUAAGAUUAUUCAUAACUAAAUCAGUUUGCGUCUCAAUAACCACAUUGUCAAAUAAUGAAUCCUUUUUCGCAAUGAAACUUGCACAUUUUAGGCUGAAAAUUAUUUGAAUAAUGUACUUCAUUAAAACUUAAUUAAUUAAACAUCACUGAGUUAUUGCUUUAUCCCCGUUGCAUAAAUUUUCGUAUUUUUUUUUAGAUAUAACCAUUGCUGCCUUCCCCAAUUACUUUGCUCAAAACUAAUGAAGCUUUUGAGUUGCAAUAUUUUAUUCUCAAUAAUUAUUUAUAUUUUUUUAGAAAACAAAAUGUGUAACAUCAAAUUAUUUAUUUAAAUACUAACAAUUUAAAGCUCUGAUAGUUUCGUGCAUUGAAUAUGAGAUCCAUGUAAUUUAAUAUAAAAUACAUUAUGACCAGUUUCAAAGGCAAAUGAACUGCCCAAAUAGAUUACUAAAUUGGUUGGAAGUGGGGACACAAAUUUGGUAAUAGGAAGUUAUUUGGUUGAAUGUUAUGCUAAAUGCAGCCAUAAUGUGACCAAUUAAAUCUUCACAGUUUCUGCAUCCUUUUUCAUUAGUUACCUCAAGUCUUCUGUUGUAACACCUGAUGAACAAAAACUGUUGUUUUGGAAUUUUUUUCCCCCCUCUCCAUAACUGUUCACUGCUUCCUGUGUUGCUCUUAUUCCAGUCAAGGCAUAGUUUCAUUCAUAGUCAUUUGGCAUACCAAUUGAUUGUACUACAUAGUGACAUAUGGAGUGCUAUACACUCCUUUUAAUCCCUGACCUGGAUUCAGAAUGAUCCCAAAAUGAUGGCCAAAGGUAAGGAGACUGCAAAGAUUCUGUUUUGUAUUUCAGGCUACAAACUAAAGUUACAAAUAACUUGAUAAUCUAAUUGAGAUAUCAGAAAGAUCUAUUUGAUAUGAAGAAUGGAACAUUUCAUACUAUUGAAGUAGUUUACUCUUCAGUACUUAGGAACAAAAUAGAAAAACUUUUACUUUCUUUUGACUGAAUUUUACCCAGCCUGGAACUAAUUAAUGUGGCAGCUUAAGAAAAAUAUUUUUUUGAUGGCUGGCAAAAAUAGAAAAUCACUGAAAUUACUUGAGUCCAAAAAAUAAAACUAAACAUUUAAUUAAGUAUGUUGCUGUGGAAUUGUGUUAUGUAAUUACAAUAUAAAUGUAUCCCUUUCCCUGUAAACGGAAAUGCAAGUGUAAAUCAAUCUGCAAAGUUAAGCAUUUAACAAAUUCAAAAGGAAAAUUGUUAAAUUAACAACAUGAUUAAGCCUGGUGGAAACUUGUACACAUUUUGAAAGUGAACUAUGGUAUUUGUGAUGUUGAACAAUACUGUUUGUUGUAACCUUGGCAUAUUUGUUGCUUGUGUUAAAUACAAACUAUGGUUCUGCUUUAUUAGAUUUUUUCCUGCUUUAACAUUAAUAUAGUCAGAAGGUAGUGCACUGAACUUUGAAAAAUAUGGUGUAUCGGUUGCUACCGCGGAAUAAAACAAGAUGCU